AGAGAGAGAGAGAGAGAGAGAGAGAGAGAGAGAGAGAGAGACGGGUGGUGAGAGCAAGACACAGAGGAGAAGAGACGCAAAAACAUACGAAAGAGUGAGACAGACAAACGGAGAGAGAGAGAGAGAGACAAAUGGACAACUUGGGGAAAAGAGAGAGAUAAUAAAAGAGAGAAAAUAUAAGGAGGAACACACGAAAAAAGUAAAUAAAAAAACACGGCCUGAAGUAAGAGAAGAAGAAGAGAGAGGAACGAGAGCGAGAGACGUGGAGAGGAAAAGAAGAAGAGCGACGGACGAACAGCCUGAAGAGAGAGAGAGAGAAAGAGAGAGAGAAAGUUAUAUGAAACUUGUAGGAACGAAAGAACGAGAGAGAAAGAGAGACUCAGAGAGAGCGCGAUUGUUAGCAUAUUAGCGUGUGGACACUGUAGCAGGUGUGUGUGUGUGUGUGUGUGUGUGUGUGUGUGUGUGUGAGAGAGAGAGAGAGAAAGAGAGAGAGAGAGAGAGACAUAACACUAGUGGUCGUGUUGUAUCUCUGCUCUGAGUCACCAGUGUGUAACUAAUGUCUGUUCACUCAGGGGAGUUUAGAGUAUAGCCAAGUUGCUAACGUUAGCAGGUGUCAGAUCUGUCAACAGAGACAGAGAGAGAGCGAGAGAGAGAAAUAGAGAGAGAGAGAGAGAGAGAGAGAGAGAGAGAGAGAAGUCUGUUUGUCAGACUUCAGAGGACAGUUUUGUGUAGUUGUGUGUAGCGGUGUUGUUGCUAGCGGUCGAUCCGGCUAGCGUUUCAGCUCACUGUGACUCUGAGGUGAUUAGUUAAGUAAAGGUUAUUCAGUGUCAGUUCUCAAAGUUAUUUAAGUCUGUUUCAGAUCUUUUAUUUUUCAGAGCUUAGUGGGUUUGGUGUGUUUCUGAGAAUUCUUAUAGUCGGUAUUUUAAAAGCUUAUUUGGAAGGAAUUUAGAUGUUUGAGAAGUAAUAGUGAAUAUUUUUUUUUUUGCUUUUCAGAAGUAAAUUUGGUGAUUUUAUUUUUUAUUUUUGCAUUUAUUCUCGUAUUUAUUGUUUUGUUUUAUUUAUUUUGAAUCGAUUUGGAUUCUGGCAGAUUAUUUGAUUAUUAAGCUACUAAACAGGUUAUUUUUUUAUAGAUUAUUAGAAGAUUAUUAGAAGAUUAUUAGAAGAUUAUUAGAAGGUUAUUUUGACAGUUUGUAUUAUGGAGUUGUGGAGGCAGUGCGCAUCGUGGCUGAUUCAAUGCCGAGUUCUUCCUGAGAACCACAGAGUGACCUGGGACAGCGCACAGGUGUGUGAGUUAGCCCAGGCACUCAGAGAUGGAGUUCUUCUGUGUCACCUGCUGAAUAAUCUCCUCCCUCACUCCGUCAACCUGCGGGAGAUCAACCUGCGUCCCCAGAUGUCUCAGUUCCUGUGUCUAAAGAACAUCAGGACAUUUCUAACUGUGUGUCACGAGCGCUUUGGGAUGAAGAAGAAUGAACUGUUUGAGGCCUUCGACCUUUUUGAUGUCAGAGAUUUUGGCAAGGUGAUUGAAACGCUGUCCAUCCUCUCUCAGACGUCCGUAGCUGUUCAGAGAGGCUACAGGCCGUUUCCUAACGAAGUGUGUGUUGGAGACGACGACAUCUACAACGGCCUCUCUGACCAGAUGGAUGACACAGUGGACGAGGAUGAUGAUCUGUAUGACUGUGUGGAGGAUGAAGAGAAUGAGGGAGACGACAUUUACGAAGACCUGAUGAGAACAGAGGAAACACCAGAGAUACAACAGAAAUGUGAAGUGGACAAGAGAGGCUGCUGCCUUCAGGAGAUCAGUCAGACUGAGGAAAAAUACACACAGACCCUGGAGUCUAUACUACAGCACUUUAUGAGGCCACUGCAGGCUUUCCUUGGGCCAGCUGACUUAGAGAACAUCUUCAUGAAUGUAGAGGAGUUAGCUGAUACACACCGUCGUCUACUGAGAGAGGUCCAGACGUCAAUAUCCUCUUACGGAGCAGAGAAUCUUCACCAGGUCUUCAUCGAUUACAAAGAGAAGUUGUUGUUGUACGGACGAUACUGCAGUCAGGUCGAAUCAGCAACGAAACAACUGGAUAAAAUCUCCAGCGCGAGGGAAGAUGUCCGGAUGAAGCUGGAGGAGUGCUCGAUGAGGGCGAACAGCGGCCGCUUCUCUCUCAGAGACCUGCUGAUGGUGCCUAUGCAGAGGGUGUUAAAGUAUCACUUGCUGCUGCAGGAACUCGUGAAGCACACAGUGAAUCCAAGUGAUAAGGACAACCUACGCACUGCACUAGAUGCCAUGAGGGAUCUUGCGCAGUGUGUGAACGAGGUGAAGAGGGAUAACGAGAUUAUUCGUCAGAUCACAGCCUUCCAGCUCUGUAUCGAGAACAUGACUCAGUCCCUCGCACUUUUUGGCCGCCCGAAGAUCGAUGGAGAGCUGAAGAUCUGCACCCCUGACAAGAAAUCCAAGCAAGACAGGUAUGCAUUUCUCUUCGAUAAAGCCCUACUGGUGUGUAAGAAGCGCAGUGGGGAGAACAUGGAGCUGAAAGAUCUCAUCGACCUGCAGCAUUUCCAGCUGAGAGACGAACCAACCGGAGACAAAGAAAACAAAAAGUGGUCACAUACCUUCUUGCUGAUGGAUUCGUAUGGUCAAGGUGGUUAUGAUCUGUACUUCAAGACACGUGAGCUGAAGAAGAAAUGGCUAGAACAGUUCGAGAUGGCUCUGUCCAACAUGUGUCCAGAGAACUGCACGGCGAAUGGCCACGACUUCCAAAUGCACUGUUUUGAGGACACCACUUCCUGUAAAGCCUGUCAGAUGUUGCUCAGAGGGAUCUUCUACCAGGGUUACCGCUGCAGCCGUUGUAAAAUGGCCGCCCAUAAGGAGUGUCUGGGACGAGUUCCCAUGUGUGGACGCAAUGCAGAAAACUCUGUGACUGUGAAAAAGAGCAAGUCGAGAGCUGCCACUCAGAGACAGACCAAACCAGGUUUUCCUAAGAUGGAGGUGUGCCAUGAUUACUAUGCCGUGCCUCCGCCCCCUGUGGCUUUCGGCCAACCACUCCAUCUCACUGUGGGUGAUGUCAUCGAGCUCACGCGCGCUGACGUUGACUUGCAGUGGUGGGAGGGCAGGAAUCUGACGGUAGGCGAGGUUGGCUGGUUCCCCUGCAGUAAAGUUCAACCCUUCUUACCGAGACCACCUCCUGACCUCACAGGACUCCCCUGGUAUGCGGGUAACAUGGACCGUUCUGAGGCCAAGAGUCUCCUGAUAUCUCGAUCUGAUGGUACAUUCCUGAUUAGGCAAAAGGAUGGAGGAGAGUUCGCCAUCAGCAUCAAGUUUAACAUGGACAUCCGCCAUAUUAAGAUCACUCUGGCUGAAGGUCUCUACAGAAUAAAUGACAAGAAAGCCUUUAAAGGGCUCAUUGAAUUGGUUCAUUAUUAUCAGGAGAAUUCUCUGAAGGAGUGUUUUAAAGACGUGGACACUCGUCUGCUGAUUCCACACAAGCAACCGGAGCAGAGUGUGUCCUCACACUCACACACACACACACCUACCAGAGGUAUGAGUGAGCGAUAUUUUGGCACAGCUAAAGUGCGCUACGAUUUCUCAGCGCGGGAUCGGACCGAGCUUUCUCUCAGAGAAGGGGACACGGUGAAGAUCAUCUCUAAGAAAGCACACAAUGGCUGGUGGAAAGGAGAGGUCUACGGCCGGGUCGGACUGUUUCCUGCAAAUUACGUAGAGGAGGAACAUUCGGACUACUGCUGACUCACUGAGUCGUUUGCGCUCUGAGUGACUCCUUAAUCUCUACAGCCCGUUUAGUGAUAUACUGAAUCAUUGAGAAAUUGUGACACAAGACUAAAAAAAUCGAGUCAUUGAGCGACUCUUCAAAUUGAUCUUCUUGAAUAAGAUUCACUGAAUCAUUUAGGCACUAGAUGAUUCUGUGAACGUGUUUUAUAAUUUUUUUUUACAACUACACUUGAAAGCUAUUUUUAAUUCACUGAUUCACAGACUGCCAAAUCAUUUUCUUUAUUUUAUUUUUUUUGUUCCUGACUCCUACUGAUUCUCUGAUUCAUUUACAUAUUGAAUGACUGUGAACCGCUUGUAUUUGACUCCAAAUGAAGACUGUCAUCAACUCACUGAUUCGUUUAGACAGUGACUCUUUGAAUCUCUCAUUUCCGACUUCAUUUAUAGACCCUUUGCACUUCUGGUUUCCAAGUUCACUUUAAAGAUAGCGGGUAUCAUGUGACAGUUUUAAUGAGAUUUUAUUGGUUGAAUGUUUAUUAUGCUAUUUGCUUUUAUUAUUAUUACUUUUUUAAAUAUCCAAUAGAAAGUUAAUAGUGUACAGUGUUUGUGAAUCUGCAGUUUUUCAUAAAGCUUAUUUUAGUUUCUGAUUUGCA